UGGGGGUGUUGCACAACAGAAGCAGGAGGGACCAGUGUAACUGUGUGAAGGGUUUGCAGUGAGCAGCAGGACAGAGCUGCCUCGUCUACAGAUGGUGGGUGGGGUGCUACAAUGGAGGCUCAGAAGAUCAAGCAGCCCGCCUUGGACAACCACAACAGUCUGUACAAAGCCCCUGGUCAGGGGGAGCAGAGAGGCUUGCCCAGCUGUACGUACUGCUGCACUAUGGCUAACCUGCGGAUUGAGAAGAAGAUCGGCCGGGGCCAGUUCAGUGAAGUGUACAAAGCCACGUACCUGCUGGAGGGACAGCUGGUCGCACUUAAGAAAGUCCAGAUCUUUGAGAUGAUGGAUGUCAAGGCUCGCCAGGACUGCAUCAAAGAGAUUGAUCUACUAAAGCUCAAUCACCCCAACGUGAUCAAAUACCUCGACUCCUUCAUCGAAGACAACGAGCUCAACAUCGUUCUGGAGCUGGCGGACGCUGGAGAUCUUUCACAGAUGAUAAAGUACUUCAAGAAGAAGAGGCGCCUGAUCCCAGAGAGGACCAUAUGGAAAUACUUUGUGCAGCUGUGCAGCGCCCUGGAGCACAUGCAUUCACGCAGAGUCAUGCACCGAGAUAUCAAGCCAGCCAACGUGUUCAUAACAGCCACAGGCGAGGUGAAGCUGGGGGACCUGGGAUUAGGCCGCUUCUUCAGCUCCAAAACCACCGCAGCACACUCCUUAGUGGGGACACCGUACUACAUGUCACCAGAGAGGAUCAAUGCGAACGGAUACAAUUUUAAGUCUGAUAUCUGGUCCCUGGGAUGUCUUCUGUACGAGAUGGCGGCGUUGCAGAGUCCGUUUUAUGGGGACAAAAUGAACCUGCUGUCCCUCUGCCAGAAGAUCGAGCAGUGUGAUUACUCCCCCCUCCCAGCUGACCAUUACUCUGACAAGCUGCGGGGCCUGGUCGGCAUGUGCAUCAACCCAGAGCCAGACCAGCGGCCGGACAUCGUCUUCGUGCUGCAGGUCGCCAAACAGAUGCACACCUGGACGUCCAGCACCUGAGCGGCAUGUCUGCUCCACGCUUCCCGUCUGCUCAGUCUGAGCUCAGCUCACACAAAACGCUUUGCCUUCCCCUCCUCUGGACUGGAGGAAGCUCUGGAAAGACAGGCACUGCCACUAAUCUUCUGUCAUGGACGUUGAAGAGUUGGGUUGGUGCUGUAGCUCUCGUGGAAAGGGGAGCUUCAUGUUUCUAGAGCUGAGGACGGGGAGCGGUGUCCCACUCUGACCACGGAUCCUCUCUGCCCACUCAUCCCACGCUCCGGCCCUGUGUCUGUGGGCAGGGGAGACUGAGAAUCGGAAUAUCUAGCAUUGAUUAUUGUUAUCAAAAUUGUUCUUUUACAUUUUCAAUUUAAGUCCAUCGAGUAGAGAAUUACUGGUAGAGUACUAAGUGAGAAUGCAGCUUUAACUCACUGUCAUCUUGAAGGGGAGAUCAGCCCCACAACCUGAUGUGAAUAGGCUACAUAUCUAUUUAUUGAUUAUUUUCUA